AUGAGAAAACUUGUUAUUCAGAAAGCGAAUGUUAGGAAGAAGAAUAAUCGGAGGUUUGGUGGCUUCAUGUAGUCGAAAUAUAUCAACAAGUUCGUUUAGAAAUCAAAAAUUAUUGACGAAUGAACAAAUUCAGGUGACACCAAGAGCAGUUCAAAGAUUGAAAGUGAGUUUGCAUUUCGAAAAUAACAAAUUUUUAAAAUAUUGUUCAGGAAAUAACUGAAAAUGGUGAACGUCUUCGAGUUGAAGUUGACGGAGGUGGAUGUUCAGGUUUCGAAUAUAAAAUAAGAUUGGAUGCAAAAUUGAAUAAUGAUGAUCUUAUUUGGAAAUCUGAAGAUGGUAAUGCUGAAAUUGUAGUUGAUGAAGUAGGUUGACUCUUGUUUUUACAUAGGAAAAAUCAUUGUUUAUAUUUAACUUUCCAUUUAUUUUUAUCAGUAAUUUCAAAACUUAUAUUUUUUUAAACAAAUAUUUUUCAGUUGUCAAUUGGUUAUAUGAAAGGAGCAACUGUCGAUUUUGUAGAAGAUCUCAUGAAAUGCUCAUUUCGAAUUGUUAAUAAUCCAGUCGCUGAAAAAGGCUGCUCAUGUGGAUCAAGUUUUGCACUGAAAAUGGAUUAG